AUGGGGGAUUUCGCAGCCCCCGCUGCUGCCGCGAAUGGCAGUAGUAUUUGCAUCAACAGUAGCCUGAACAGCAGCCUCGGCGGGGCCGGGAUCGGUGUGAAUAAUACUCCCAAUAGUACUCCCGCUGCUCCGUGUAGCAAUCACCCGGCUGCCGGCUGCGGCACCGGCGGCUCCGGGGGACCGGGCGGCGGACCGGCGGCCGUCCCCAAGCACAGCACGGUGGUGGAGCGGCUCCGCCAGCGCAUCGAGGGCUGCCGGCGGCACCACGUCAACUGCGAGAACAGGUACCAGCAGGCUCAGGUGGAGCAGCUGGAGCUGGAGCGCCGGGACACCGUGAACCUCUACCAGCGGACCUUGGAGCAGAGGGCCAAGAAAUCUGGCGCCGGCGCCGGCAAGCAACAGCACCAGAGCAAACCCCAGCAAGAUGCGGAGGCUGCCUCGGCGGAGCAGAGGAACCACACGCUGAUCAUGCUCCAAGAGACUGUGAAAAGGAAGUUGGAAGGAGCCCGAUCACCACUUAAUGGAGACCAGCAGAACGGGGCUUGCGAUGGAAGCUUUUCUCCAACUAGCAAGCGGAUACGAAAGGACAUUCCCACGGGGAUGGAAGCCAUCAACAAUUUACCCAACAACAUGCCGCUGCCUUCAGCUUCUCCGCUUCACCAACUUGACCUGAAGCCUUCUUUGCCCUUGCAGAAUAGUGGGACUCACACUCCUGGGCUUCUGGAAGACCUGAGUAAGAAUGGGAGACUCCCAGAACUUAAACUUCCUGUGAAUGGUUGCAGUGACCUGGAGGACAGCUUCACCGUCUUGCAGAGCAAAGAUCUCAAACAGGAACCUCUCGACGACCCUACUUGCAUAGACACAUCAGAAACCUCUCUUUCCAAUCAGAACAAGCUGUUCUCGGACAUUAACCUGAACGAUCAGGAGUGGCAGGAGUUAAUAGACGAACUGGCCAACACCGUUCCUGAAGACGACAUACAGGACCUGUUCAAUGAAGACUUUGAAGAGAAGAAGGAGCCGGAAUUCUCGCAACCGGCCACAGAGACCCCGCUGUCCCAGGAGAGCGCCAGCGUGAAGAGCGACCCGUCUCACUCUCCCUUCGCGCACGUCUCUCUGGGCUCCCCCCAGGCCAGGCCUUCUUCUUCGGGUCCUCCCUUCUCCACCGUCUCCACGGCCACCAACUUACCUUCUGUGGCCACCACUCCCGUGGCGCCCAACCCUGCCAGCUCCCCAGCGAACUGUGCGGUCCCGUCCCCUCAAACUCCGAACCCAGCUCUCACGCCGGGCCAGGCUCCGUCUCGGCCCGGAAAUGGUUAUCUCCUUAAUCCUGCAGCCGUGCCGGUGGCCGCUGCGGGCUCGGGCCCCGGGGCCGUGCCCGGCUCUGACCUGUCCCCCGCCGAGCAGCUCAAGCAGAUGGCCGCGCAGCAGCAGCAAAGGGCCAAACUCAUGCAGCAGAAGCAGCAGCAGCAGCACUCAAAUCAGACUUCCAGUUGGUCUCCCUUAGGGCCUCCAUCCAGUCCCUACGGAGCAGCUUUCCCGGCGGAAAAACCAAAUAGCCCCAUGAUGUACCCCCAAGCCUUUAACAACCAAAAUCCUAUAGUGCCUCCCAUGGCCAACAACCUGCAGAAGACGACAAUGAAUAACUACCUCCCUCAGAAUCACCUGAAUAUGAUCAAUCAGCAGCCAAAUAACAUGGGUACAAACUCCUUAAACAAACAGCACAAUAUUCUGACUUAUGGCAACACUAAGCCUCUGACCCACUUUAAUGCCGACUUGAGUCAGAGGAUGACGCCCCCGAUGGCCAAUCCCAACAAAACCCCCCUCACGCCCUACAUCCAGCAGCAGCCCCCGCAGCCGCAGCCCCCGCAGCAGCCCCCACCUCAGCUCCAGGCCCCCAGGGCACACCUGAGUGAGGACCAGAAGCGCGUGCUCCUCAUCAAGCAGAAGGGAGUGAUGAGUCAGCCCAUGGCUUACCCGGCGCUGCCAUCCCACGGUCAGGAGCAGCACCCAGUGGGGCUUCCCCGGACCACGGGCCCCAUGCAGUCCUCUGUGCCCCCAGGCUCAGGGGCCAUGGUCUCCAGAGCGGGGCCUGCGGGGCCAGGCUUCCUGGGCAGCCAGCCCCAGACAGUCCUCAUGAAGCAGAUGCUCAUUGACCAGCGGGCCCAGCUGAUGGAGCAGCAGAAACAACAGUUCCUGCGGGAGCAGAGGCAGCAGCAGCAGCAGCAGCAGAUUCUCACAGAGCAGCAGCUGCAGCAGCCACACUUACCCCGGCAGCACCUGCAGCAGCAGCAGCGGAAUCCGUACCCAGUGCAGCAGGUCACCCAGUUUCAAGGAUCUCCCCAGGAUAUAGCAGCUGUGAGGAGCCAGGCCGCCCUCCAGAGCAUGCGAACUUCACGGCUGAUGGCACAGAAUGCAGGCAUGAUGGGAAUGGGACCCUCCCAGAACCCAGGGACAAUGGCCGCAGCGGCCACCCAGUCAGAGAUGGGACUGGCCCCUUACAGCAACACACCUACCAGCCAACCGGGAAUGUACAACAUGAGCACAGGAAUGACCCAAGUGUUGCAGCACCCAAACCAAAGCGGUAUGAGUAUCACACACAACCAAGCCCAGGGGCCGAGGCAGCCCUCCUCGGGGCAAGGGGUUGGGAUGGUGAGUGGGUUUGGUCAGAGCAUGCUGGUGAACUCGCCCAUGACCCAGCAGCGCCAGCAGAUGAAGGUAGGCCAGGCCUUGCCCAGGCCCCAGGGCCCACCGAGGCUGCAAGGCAUCAUGGGAACGGUCCAGCAGGGAAGCCAGAGCUGGCAACAGAGGGGCUUACAGGGGAUGCCUGGGAGGACUAGUGGAGAGUUAGCAUCAUUCAACAAUGGCGCCAGCUACCCGCUGCAAGCUGGGCAACCGAGGCUGACCAAGCAGCACUUCCCCCAGGGACUGAGCCAGGUGGUGGAUGCGAACACUGGCGGGGUGAGAACUCUCAACCCGGCCGCCAUGGGUCGGCAGAUGAUGCCGCCGCUCCCGGGGCAGCAAGGCACCAGCCAGGCCAGGCCCAUGGUCAUGACGGGCCUGAGCCAGGGCGUUCCCAGCAUGCCAGCCUUCAGCCAGCCCCCGGCACAGCAGCCGAUGCCCAGUGCCAGCUUUGCCUCCAGCAGCCAGAGCCAAGCCUAUGAGAGGAACCCCCCUCAGGACAUGUCGUACAAUUACAGUGGCGACACGGCAGGGGCAUCCUUCCCCGGCCUCUCAGACGGUGCCGACCUUGUGGACUCCAUCAUCAAAGGUGGACCGGGGGACGAGUGGAUGCAGGAGCUCGAUGAAUUGUUUGGAAACCCCUAG